GAGGCUAUGUAUCAGCCUGGAAACUGCUCAUUCACAAUACAACUACAGAGAGGGCAACGACAACGAGAACGGCAGCUCCGGAAAAAUGGUCCAGAUAUCCCAAACUGAGGAGGAUAUUAAAAUCUCCAUUGAGUUGAAUAGGCUGGUCACUCGGAAGCCAGAUGUGGUGCUCCUGCCGCAGUACAUCAAGUUCAACAAUCCGCCGAUAUUCUUUGAGCGGCAUCUGGCCCAGGAAAUUGAUGAAAUGGCCAGCUACUGUCGCAUCUUCAAGCACGAGGCGCGCAUUGUGCUCGUCAAGAAGCAAUUGGGGAUCUGGCCGGAACUGUUCCAGAAGCUGGACAAGGAGGCGUUGAUGAAGAAGCGUCUGGAAAUCGCCGAUCUGAUCGUGGAACGCAAUAAGAAACGUGACGAGAUGGCUUCGGAGCGCUACGAGCACAAGCGACGCGCCGAAAUCGAGAAGGAAGUCAAGCGUGAAGGAGACAUGAGGGAUCGCGUCAAGAAGUUCCAGGAGACCUCGCGCCACGAGGCGCUCAUGGUGGGCGUGCGUAAAGAAACACAUGUCAAGCCCAACAGCUCGCUGCAUGGCAACAACUCCGCUGACAAUGGCAACAACAAACAGCAGCCGGCAGUAGACGUGCGCCAGGCGACGCCAGUGGUGCGAUAUCAACCACCCUUGGCGAUGUCAGCGGUGCGUGGCAAUGGACGUAUUAGCGUGAGCUUCUCCAGUCAACACAAGAUGAACACGCCUAAGCGCGAGUCCCAGGAGGGAGUCCAGAUGCCAUUCACUAUACACGAUAAGCUGAAUGGGAAUCCGCCCACCCGGGAGAAGACUCCAAUGGAGACGCUUGACGAGUGAAGCAGCAUUUGCAGUUGAAAAUUAUAGGUGUGUGUAUGCGCGUGUGUAUGGGUGGGGGUGUGCUUGACCGGGGGUACAUGUGUGUGUGUGUGGG